CAGUCAUCGGGCGGCUGCCGGAGGAGCCCGGGGGGGCGCAGGGCGUGCGCGGGAAGGGAGUGCGCCCCCUAUGGCUGCCCCAGGCGCUCCUCACCCCGCGCUGCCCCUGUGUCCAGGGCCGGCGGCACCAUGGGGCAGGCGGGACGCGCGGCACUGCUGGCGGCGCUGCUGCUUCUGGCACAGCUGCGCCCCGGGAGCAGCCAGCGAAGCCCAGAGGUGUUAGCGGCGGCCGGGGUCCAGGACCCGAGUCUGCGAUGGAGCCCCGUGUUGCGGACCCAGGGCGGCGGGGCACGAGCGCUCCUCUUGCUGCUAGCCGAGCGCUUCCCACGCCGUGGCGGGCCCAGCUGGUGGAGAUAUGCGACUGCAGGUGAGCGGCCACGACGGGAUAACCCUCCGCUGUCCAUCGACCUCACCUUCCACUUACUGCGGACCCUCCUGGAGCUGUCGCGGACGCAGAGCCAGAAGGAGCGCGCCGAACAGAACCGCAUCAUAUUCGACUCGGUGGGCAAGUGAUCAACCCGGUUUGGGGUCAUGAAAACUUUGACCCCUUCCCCAACCCUAGGGCUGGGACAUGACCUACCGGAACUGACCCAGUACCGGGCACAGCGGCCCAGGGACACCCUCAGCACACUA